CCCAUGAGAGAAGUGAAUCCAGCCAGCCAACCACAGUACUUCCCAGUCACCAGUUUCGAUCUGAGUCAGUGUGACUAUCUGUCUUUCUUUCUUCUCCUCUGCAAUCUUGCAAUGGCACAAACACAAAUCCAGAGACCCUGUUCAAGCAUCAUCGAUUCUCUGGGUGAAGAAAUCGUGAGAAUCAUCGCACCCGUUUCGAUAUGCAUGUUCUUGGUCGUUAUAUUGGUGUCAAUUCUGAACACGGAUUCUUCUCUCUUCGACGCAUCGAUGAGCAUGGUCACCAUGGCCUACACCGAGACAACCUCGGACUCCACCUGGGACAAAUUCCUCGGUGCCCUUUUGAACUCUCUGGCUUUCGUCCUCCUCGUCACCUUCGCAACCUUCAUCCUGGUUCUCCUCUUCUACUUCCGAUGCACCAGGUUCUUAAAACUCUAUAUGGCUUUCUCCACUUUCAUCGUGCUGGGGUUCCUCGGCGGUGAAGUCUCGCUGUUCUUGAUCCAACAGUUUAACACCCCCGUUGAUUGCAUUACGUUUUUCCUCUUGCUAUGUAAUUUCGCCGUUGUGGGUGUUUUGACCGUGUUUAUGUCAAAAAUGGCAAUUUUUGUGACGCAGGGGUAUUUGGUUGUUAUUGGAAUAUUGAUUGCAUAUUCGUUUACUAUGUUGCCUGAGUGGACCACCUGGGCCUUGCUUGUUGCUAUGGCGCUGUAUGAUGUUGCUGCAGUUUUGUUACCAAUUGGGCCGUUGAGGCUUUUGGUGGAGCUUGCAAUAUCAAGGGAUGAGGAAAUUCCCGCAUUGGUUUAUGAGGCUAGACCAGUGAACCAUGGUAAUUUGAGUCCUAGGGAUCUUGUGCAGAGGAGGCGGUUAUGGAGAGAAAGGAGGGUUGAUAAUUCAAAUCUCCAAACUGAUUCCAACUCAGCGCUGGGUCAUGGAUCCAGUGUUGAAUUUCCCUCUGGUUCUGAAGGAAACCCCAGCAAUAACUUAAACAUGGUUAGGGAGAAUACCUCUAGAAAUGCAAAUCUAACAGCUAAUAGUUCUGUUGGCUCUUAUGGUUGCAUAAGUUUGGUGAAUGCAGAAGAGGAACCAGUGCGCGUUCAUGAGACUGAUUCAGAGCUUUCUGCUCCCUUGAUUGAUCGUGGAAUGAAUGUCCAGCAUGGUAGGGGGGAAGAUGCUGUGCCAAGUGAGAAUUUGAUGCUAGAAGGAAUUGGAUUGGGUUCUUCUGGUUCAAUCAAGUUAGGGCUGGGAGAUUUUAUCUUCUACAGUGUUUUGGUUGGCAGGGCGGCAAUGUAUGAUUUUAUGACGGUGUAUGCAUGUUAUCUUGCUAUCAUUGCGGGUCUUGGCAUAACUUUGAUCCUUUUGGCUUUAUAUCAGAAGGCUUUGCCUGCUCUUCCUGUGUCAAUAGCACUGGGUGUGUUGUUUUAUUUCUUGACAAGGCUCUUACUUGAAGUAUUUGUAGUACAAUGUUCUUUAAAUCUCCUGUUGUUCUAAGGUUAGAAAUCUUAUUGUUUGGGUUUGGUACUUGUGUACCGAACUUAUGACAUGACCACGAAUAUUGUUAGUUAAAAUCUUGGCUUCAUGCCCCAUCUUUAGCUGUAAGGUUUUCAGGAAAUGUAUAUUUACUUUAUAGCAAUUCACUUUUGAUGCCUUCUUAUUUAGUUCUAAGGAUGUCAUGUGUAUCUUAUGGCGAAGGGAAAUGCAGAUGUGGGAAUCUAACCACCCACCCUCCCCCACCAUUACCAUUGUUCCAAUCAAACAUCAGAAAAGGCCUGGCUUACUGCAGAUUUAGGAUCUGUGACUGCAAGCAUUCCAUUCCUGAUAUCGAAAGUAGAAGAGGUGCCAAUUGUUUAUAAUAUGCUUUAGCUACUGAAUUCAUAUCAGUGUCAAAAGCAUGUCAUUGCUUGUCCAGCUAAUUGUGAAGCAUAGCAUUCAAUCACUCUAUUGAAACUAUAAAUAUCUGUAAGUUUGUAGAUGAUAGAAAUUCACUUUCAAAAAAAUAAAAUAAAAUCUAUGGAAGCACUGAGCCAGAUAGAGUGAUUGAAUUCUAAUGUAACUAUUUUAGAAAACAAGAAAUUUUACAUGACAGAGCCAAAUAAAGAGGUAGCCAACCUUUGAUUUGUAGCCAUGUCCUUACCCGAAAUGAAAAAGCAUGUGAUAUUUCUUAA